GAUGGCUCUGACGGACAACAACGGGUGAUUCAUCUGCUGCUGAAGAAAGCUGUUGCCGUGAUGACCAAGAGCGAUUUUCUAGCGUUUUUCGCAUUUUAGUGACCCUGCCGCCUACCAGAGUAGACACUAGUGUACCCCUUUCGACCAGAAGUAGAGUACGAUGGCCAAAGACUACGACCACUUGUUCAAACUGCUCAUCAUCGGCGACAGUGGCGUCGGCAAAAGCUCUCUGCUCCUGAGAUUCGCAGACAACACCUUCUCUGGGAGCUACAUCACCACCAUCGGGGUUGACUUCAAGAUCCGGACGGUUGAAGUCGAUGGGGAGAGGGUCAAGUUGCAAAUCUGGGACACAGCUGGGCAGGAGAGAUUCAGGACUAUCACUUCAACAUAUUACCGGGGCACACAUGGGGUGAUUGUUGUGUAUGACGUUACCAAUGGGGAGUCCUUUGCCAAUGUCAAAAGGUGGCUCCACGAAAUUGAGCAGAACUGCGAGGUAGUCAACAGGAUAUUAGUUGGAAACAAGAAUGACUCCCCUGACAAGAAAGUUGUUUUGACCGAGGACGCGCAGAGAUUCGCGGAUCAGAUGGGCAUCCAGCUUUUUGAGACUAGUGCAAAGGACAACAUUAAUGUUGAAGAUAUGUUUAUGAGCAUUACAAGGCAAGUUCUGCACUCAAAGAAGGAGAGGAGGGACCGGCAAAACCAGGGUAACGAGACCUUCAAAAUCACCGGAAGUGGCAAGUCGCGAAAAAGCAAGAGCAAGUGCUGUUAGCAGCUUCAGCACCCCUCCAGCGACGCUUACUCUGUUGAUCUUGCCAGCGAAGACAGAUUUCCCACAAGCACCAUUCCCUUCUUUAAUUGGUUGUGCCAGUGCAAAAUUUCGUCUUUUGUGCCAAAUUGGUCAUUGUUUCACAAAAUUUGUUUCAUUUGUAUCACACACCCGUAUUAAUUGUGGAAAUCUUCUUUGGAUAAAGAACUAUUAGUGCUCAAAAGUUGCCAGUUUUGAGAUUUUAGUGACUUUUAAAUGAGUAGGUCGAAAAUAUGGGACUAUAAAUGAAUAAUGUAUAAACGCUGAUAUUCAUUGAUUAAACGAGUGCUCUCCCUCGGAAGUUGCGAUGCUUGAAAGUGUGGUCGGGUUCCCGUCAUGACAUCACACCUCGCUCCCGAUCUUUUUUUAGCAAAGCAAAUGAUGUGAGGAGCAAGUCCUGCGUGCGAUGAAUGUAGAAGUAGCGAUCCUCAUAAUUUGAAUGUUGUCUCUUUGUAACGCACAAUUCCAACAUUUUACUGAGAUGCGUAUACUGUUUUUCCUAAACUCGCAGGACUUGUUUUAAGGUAAUAUUGUUACCCGCCUGAAAGGCUGGAGGGAUGAUAUCAGUUAUCGUGACCAUAUUACAGUGAACAGAUAUCAAGCAUUAUUGUGAGUUUGUGCAAAGUCAAUGUAAAUUAUAAAGCUUGUAUGUUCAAACACCAAUGAUGAAAAUACUAAUAACUGAAUGCAACUCUCACCAUGGCAUUAUAUUCUCACUUUAGCCACGUUGCUAAUACGCAAAUUAUAGUUAUAUUUAUCACCCUUUCUUGAAGCUCUUUUGUGCUUUGCAGAGUUCAUUCCUUUCUGACGUAUGAUUCCCUAUUUUGCUAUUAUCAAUAUAAUUUUCAUCAAAUUUUUGUUAAUGAUGUGAUCAUUUGCUAUUUACUAUCAAGUUUUCCUUUUGGAAGUCAUCAAUUUCGCCGUUCACUCUUGAGUAUUUUAAAGCAAUUUUUAGCAAUAUAUUUUUCUUUGGUCAUGCAUAUAUAGUUUCCAUUGAGCAACAUCUUGUUCAAAUGAGCAGCUAAAUUUUGACAACCCAGAAAAUCCAAGUGAAUUAAGUGGGGCCUACUUGUAUUUUGGAAAAUAAUUCAAAUUGGAUAAAUUUGUAAUACUUGCGGAAAUUUGUAAUUGGUGUUGAUGAUAUUUGGAAACUUUGUAGCUAAUAAGGCUUGAUCAAAAUGUGAUGAUUUUUGUAAAUGAAAAUUGGGAUUUUGUACUAUUUGUAGUCACCUGGAAAUAUUUUCGGCCUUUGUAAAAUUUGUCUGCUUGACUUGAAGUGUACGCCACGUGCAUUCAUUGGAUCUUGCAAAGGAUGUUGCUGAUGAUGAGGAAAAAUAAAAUGCGAAAAUUAAACAUA